CCUCCUUUUUUUUUUUUGACUCCCUUGCAGUUGCGUGGGUCGUAUUACUGGCUUGCUCUCCCCGCACCGCUGAGCCCACCGCCUCUGCACCAAUCACAGCCAGCCUUUACCUAGGAGCACAUGCAUGCACGAACACACAGACACAGACCCUGACAACCACACACACACACACAUACACACACACACAUACACAAGUACGCGGCGAUCCUUCGCUCCGGUUCUCCGCUGCCGUCACAUGCGUUCCCAACGACUCCGCGUAGCGCUGUGCUGCGCCAAGAUGAGCGGCCGCUCCGGUACCAUCUAAACGUCUCGCCCGCCUGACUGACCCAGAGCCGGGGAGAGAGAGAGAGAGAGAGAGAGAGAGAGAGAGAGAGAGAGAGACCAUCUUUCCUCUUUCACAGCCCAUCUUCCCUUCGCUUGGAAGAGACCGCAGCGCAAGCCGUUUCUUUCGGCAUCUUUUCUGUUUUUUCACCACCCCUCCUCCUCCCGUUCUCCCUGCAUCCCUCCGUUAUUGUCGCUCUCCCGGUUUUAAGGAGAAACCGGAGAGCCCGGUCCGUGAUUUUGUGGAAAUACAUUUUUGCAUAUUUUUUAUUUUUUCCUGCUGGGUGUUGGUAGCGCGCAGUUGGUGCGCGCUUUUGCAAAUUCCGGUGAAUGGUGGAUUUGGCAAACAUGGAGACCGUGGAGAAGGAAUGCGGGGCCCUCGGGGGUCUAUUCCAGGCGAUUGUCAACGACAUGAAGUGCUCCUAUCCUGUGUGGGAGGACUUCAGCGCCAAGGCCACAAAGCUGCAUUCCCAGCUCCGAACCACUGUCCUGGCGGCUGUGGCCUUCCUGGAUGCCUUUCAGAAGGUAGCAGACAUGGCUACCAACACCAGAGGGGCAACCAGAGACAUCGGUUCAGCUCUGACCAGGAUGUGCAUGAGGCAUCGCAGCAUUGAGGCCAAACUACGUCAGUUCACCAAUGCUUUGAUGGAGAGUCUCAUCACUCCCCUCCAGGACAAAAUUGAGGACUGGAAGAAGACAGCCAACCAGCUGGAUAAGGAUCAUGCCAAAGAGUACAAGAGGUCACGGCACGAGAUCAAGAAGAAGUCAUCUGACACCAUGAAACUACAGAAGAAGGCUCGUAAAGAGAUGCAGGGGCGAGGGGACCUGCAGCCUCAGCUGGACAGUGCCAUGCAGGAUGUGACUGACAUGUGCCUGUUGAUGGAGGAGACAGAGAAGCAGGCAGUGCGCCGAGCCCUCGUGGAGGAGAGGGGUCGCUUCUGCACCUUCAUCGGCUUCCUUCAGCCUGUCGUGAACGGUGAGAUCGCCAUGUUGGGAGAGAUCACCCACCUCCAGGCCAUCAUCGAUGACCUCACUGUGCUGACGACCGAUCCUCACAAACUGCCACCAGCGAGUGAACAGGUGAUUAAAGAUCUGAAGGGGUCCGAUUACAGCUGGUCCUAUCAGACGCCUCCUUCAUCUCCAAGCAGCUCUGGCUCCCGCAAGAGCAGCAUGUGCAGCAGCGUCAACAGUGCCCACAGUAGUGCCUCACGUUCGUCAGGGGGAGGCGGUAGUGGUGGUAUCGGUGGCAGUGGUGGAGGCUCCCAGCCCCACUCACCCACCUCAUCCUCCUCCUCCUCCUAUCGCUACCGCAGCAGCCUGCCGCACCAGCCUCCUCCACCGGGGGGCAUCGCCGCCCACCGUCUCAGCAGCGUCUCCUCCCACGAUUCAGGCUUCGUGUCCCAGGAUGCAAACAUCUAUUCCAAGCCCCCGUCACCCAUGCCCUCAGACAUCACUAGCCAGAAGUCAUCCAGCUCAGCAUCAUCAGAGGCCUCAGAAACAUGCCAGUCAGUCAGUGAAUGCAGCUCCCCGACCACUUUUGGCACGUCCUUCGCUACCUUCCGCCCCGCUCUCUCUCACUCUGGCUCCAUCAGGCCUCUCUCUGUCAUUCUUCCUGUUCCUGAGUCCCCACCCUAUAACUGCCCCUCUGGAUCCAGCUCCUCCUCUCCCACAUCAAAGGUCCCUAUCUGGAAGGAUUGGUCCAAAGCAGGUCAGUAUGAGCAGCCAGUGGCUGCGGCAGCAGUUCAGAGGAGAAAGGAACCUCUUGAUAGACUGAGGGAGAACGAGGCAUCACCAGGCUCCCAGGGAUAUGCCGGACCAUCACACCCUGAUGACGCGCAGAGAUCCAGGAUGAACCCGGCUACUAUUGCUGCCAAGCAUGGAGAUGAGGUUUCUCCAGCAGCCAGUGACUUGGCCAUGGUGCUGACCAGAGGACUGAGCAUGGAGCAGCAGAAAAGCAGCAGAGACUCCCUGCAGUACUCCAGUGGCUACAGCACAGAGACCACGACCCCGUCCUGCUCUGAGGACACGAUUCCUUCACAAGGUUCAGAUUAUGAUUGCUACUCAGUGAACGGUGACGCUGAAGGUCCCGAUGGACAGACAGAGUUCGACAAGUCCUCCACCAUUCCUCGACACUCUAACAUUGCCCAGAACUACAGACGCAUGAUCCAGACCAAGAGGCCAGCCAGCACAGCCGGACUACCCAGUGGGGUUCUUGGUCCUGGGGGUCAUGGCAUACCAGGACAACCUGGUGGAGCUGGUGGAGGUGGAGCAGGUACUCCAGGCACUGCCACCAUCCGCCGAACGCCAUCUACUAAACCAGGCGUGAGGCGCACACUGUCCAACGCGGGGCCAAUUCCCAUCCGACCACCCAUUGUGCCUGUCAAGACACCCACUGUUCCCGGAGACUCGCAUUCACCUGGCGCUGGUGGUGGUGGGUAUGCAGGUGGGGGGCACGCAGGUGGUGUGCCUGUGCGUGUGGGCAGUGAAGAGUGUGUGUUCUUCACUGGAGUCGAGGAUGCACAGGGAGCGCUUGAUUAUGUGAAGGCGUCACCGAAGCGCCUCAGUCUGCCUAACACUGCCUGGGGAUCAGGAGCAGCGUUAGAGGUCUAUGCCCAGCAGCAUGGGGGCCUUGCAAUGGGAACAGGCUCAGGGGCUGGAUCAGAGGAGGAUCAGAUGAUCGCCGCCAAUCGGCACAGCCUAGUGGAGAAGAUCGGCGAGUUGGUAGCGAGUGCACACGCCCUUGGAGAGGGGCAAUUUCCUUUCCCCACCCUCCCUGAUGACCCGACACUGCCGCCAACUGGCCCCGGCGACACUCAGACAGGGACAGAGGGGGCAGAAGGGUCCGGUGACAUGUUGACCACCAUCAGGAGAGGAGUCCGCCUUCGCAAGACCGUCUCCAAUGACCGCUCGGCACCUCGCAUCUUGUGAUUGGAGGAGAAGCAGGAAGAGGAUGAUACUUGUCAGCCAAUAGGGAAUCAGGUGUUGGUGUGGUGCAACCCAACCGCCUAGUACAUACACAAAAACUUAACCAUGUAGGGGAAGCUAUAAUAUAACAGAAGAUGAAUAAAAACAAAAACAUACACAAAAAACAAGUUUAAGGACAUCAUUAGAGUAAAUGAUAUAUAAUAUAAUGAUAAUAAUAACAUUAAUAAUGUUAACCCAUGCUGACAAAGUUAAAUACUGAAUAUUGACAGGCUCCUAGCUGGCCACUAUAACUAGUGUGUGUUGGACGCAUGUUUGUCUUCUCUACACCUUCACCCAGGGACGGAAAGACUCGUGGGAAAAACAGAUAGGAUCAAAAAAAAUGGCAAAGAAAGGGAGAAAGACUGGGUUCUGUUUGCCAACUUAAACCCUUCCCCAUCCUCUUCUCCAACUAACCGACUGUCUAAUCCCAGAUGAGAGACUGAAGACUGAAGGAAGGGCCAGUGGGGACAAGAGGGGAGGGGGGGUGCCAUGUGAACAGCUGGAUUUGAACCCAGGCUGUCUCAGCAGCAACAUACUGUACUUAUUAGCCCACUGAACUGAAGCUUUGGUAUUAGCACGGGGAGCUAACAAACCAGAGGUCUCCUCCGGUUCAUCCUAAUGUAAAAGAAGUCUUAAAAAAAAAAAUACUGUUGGCAUUGAACCGUGUUAGUACCCCUUCCCCUCUCUCUCUCUGUGUAGUGCGUGCGUGCAUUCAUGUGUUUGCAUGUGGGCAAAUGUGAAGCGCGAGUAUGUGUGUGUGUGUGUGUGUGUGUGUGUGAGGGGGGUGGGUAGAGCUCUGCUGCAGGACAGCUGGUUACCCAAUGAGGGCAGGGCUUUUCUUCUGUGUGUUGUGCGUGUAUUUUCUUGUUUAUAUCGUGACGUCAUUUACCUUGUUACCACUGUACGAGAAGUUACGAGAAGUAAUCCAGGCGUAUAGAUAUAUUCAUAUAUAUUUUCUAGAACCAGAGAGAAAAUGUUAAAUCAGAAAUGGAGCAAUAAAUGUGUUUUAUUUUCUUGUUUCCAAGAAGAGGAUCGAUGGAGGAUUGUAGGUUCUCCUGUCACAUUCAGGCAAUCAUCAGGAAUGCUAAAUUACACAUUGACUGUGAUUUCAUUUUGGCGUGUCUCUCUCCCUGUCCCUGUCUCUUUCUGGUGGAGGAAAUGGAUGAAAAAACAAAAACAAACUGUAAGCACUUUGAUAGGUGUAGAGUGUGUACAAUAGCCACUAGGUGUUGCUGUAGUCAUACUGUAUGAUAGGGAGAGUGAAAGCGAGAGAGAUAGUUGCCAAUUGGACUGCGUCCUGAGGAAAUGAUUUAAUUUGUAGAAGAAGACAGAAAGGGGCAAAGAGGAAGUGAAAAAGACGAGUGGAAUUGGAGUGAUUGGUCAAAUAAGAGAUGGGAUAAGAAAGUAGAGCAAAAUAUUUGUCAAAAAAAUGAUUGGAUGUCAGUGCUCUUCAGGGUUCUACAAGCCAUCGCCUGCCGUGGAUAGUGAAGCUUUUUAUGAUGCGGCUGUGCUGGUAUCUGAACACAUGAUGCAAAAAAUACACUGCACAGAUCAGGUCAGACUAUUUUUGCUUUAAUGGGUUCUUUAAAGUGACAAACACGUUUGUCACUAGCCAUGCAAACAGUUUAUCUGUCAAAUAUCUGUCUCAACAUUAUGAAUAUUAGGCUUAAAAAGCUCAGCAACUACAUGUCUUCCAAGAGACAACGGCUCCAUCACUCUGGACCAUCUACGGAUCUUAUUUUAAUUAGAGUACUUACCUACUGUGAUGAUAAUACCUAAAAAACCGUUGACAGCGAAGGCUUAUUCAGGGCAACAAGUAUGCUGGUUCAGAAAAGACACAUGAAUAAUAACAACAUGAAUUUGUUGAUAUUCAUUUUUUCAUAAUAUGAGAAUGACGAUUGAAUUCUAUUUACAUCCAUUCUAUCAGCAUGCACAGGCAUUGCAAACAUACAGUAUGCGUGUUUAUUUGUGGCACUCAUCAUCAUACAACAGAUUUGAAAUGUAUUUGCACAUGUAGAUCAUGUUCAAUGGAUAGAGUGUUGUGAAUGUACUCCAGAGUUUCAAACACAGAAUGCUGUUUCCAAAUGUCCAAAAUACUGUAGCCUGUAUUACAAAGUCAUUUUCACUCAUGUUCAAGUGCAAAUACAUUUCAGCACCCCCGCUUAUCUGCAAAUAUAUUCUGACCUAUAAAUACUGUAUGUUUUUGCAUUAUGAGAAAGAAAAGCUAAGCCUUGAACAUAGCUGAGCAACAGUUCUUUGGCCCAAAUUCGCUCAGAGUUAAAACCUUUACUAUCUAAAGGACAAUUUUCACUAGGCUAUGCCAGUAUGGUUCAGCUCAGUGCAGCGCAGCGCAGAUCACCCAGUUCAGCUCAGGCCACGGCUGCAUGAAAGGAUUAUUUAUGGACAUUAAGAUGUGAGAAAAGGUGUUGCCUGUUUGAUACGCUCGCUGAUGGCAAAGAAGCAGGAGGGUUUAAAUGAGACUUUUUAAGCUGACAGAGAGAGGAAAAUGUGUGUAGAAUGAGCAUUUCACUGCCUGUUCAAACAGUAUUUACUCUAUGUGCUGUACUUGUAAAUGAGAAUCAGGCGCACAGAUUUGGUAUAAAGGUUUGUUAGAAAAUAUGACAUGAAAUAUUUUGGUUUUGUUUUUCUUUUCAUUCUGCAGUACUGUUUGAAUAUUUAGUCUUACUUUUAAUUAAUGUAAAAAGAAGAAAAAACUCCAGUUGUAACACAAACUACUAAGCUGUGUAACAUAUGGAUGUAGGAUGUUUGGGUCGAGAGUGAGUGUGUCCUUGUUUGGCUGUUGAACUGUAGGAUAGUGAACUCUUCAUCAUCAUGUCUGUACGCUCUUCUAGCAGUGACCUGAACAUAGCCGGUGACAUCAGUGCUCUUACAUACUCUUUUUGUCGACUUAUUUCUUUUAUUAUUUCAAUGAACAGAGCACUGUUUUAAACAUGUUUGUGGCUUUUUAAAAAAGAAAAAAAAAUAUGAUUUAAUUUAAAGAGAUAGAGAGGAGAGUGUUUGCAAUUUUUAAAUAUUGUCACCUUCUGCCAGCACACUUUUUUUUUUUUUUUUUGUUGAACUUUGAAACAGUGCUUCGGCAAGGGGAUUUUUCUUUCUUUUUUUUUUUUGCCUUAUUUUGUUUUUUUUUUUGUCCGGGGGGGGGGGGAACUACUGUAUGUGUGUUGUCACAUGUGGAUUCUGUGUGUUGUAUCAGCUGAAUCUGACUGGGUGAGAGGGUGGAAGGGGAGAGCAGCGGGCUUAGACUCCAUUCCCCCCCCCCUGCCCGCCCCCCCCAAAAAAAAAACAAAAAACACAUUUUGGGUGAGAAAAUGUUCAUCUGAAGAGUUUGUGUAGGACCGCCCGUCGAGGUCACACUGUACAUGAAUAUACGUACGUCUGCUGAAUGUACUACGAGGUCAAAGGGGACAUCGAACUGUACUUUUUUGACAUGCUUGAACUAUUGCAAUGUCAGAACUUGUUGAAAGUUGAAACAGUAGGAAAGCAAUACAGAGAUAGUGUGCAUGUACGUACAUUCACAAUGAUGUUCCAGUGUGGGUGUGUUAAAGGAAAAUACCACUGUUUUGUCCACUCUAGGAUACUUGUGUUCCCCCAUCUAAAAGCUAUUCCACUUUGUAUGGCUCUGAUGGUAUGAUUUGGAGUUUAGAGACCCUUUACUAUACAUCCAAGGACACUACUAGAGCCGAUUCCAUUUGUCUGAAUGUGUAUGAGCUCUAUGUUUAGUGCAAACUGAAACAACUGAAUUCACUGCCACUUAUUUACAGUAAGUUAUUGCUUGAUUAAAGGGAUUGUAAUGCCCUGCAGAACAAACAUGCUGCUUAUUUCCAAAUGAUGAUGGAUGAGUGUGAGAUGAGAGGACGACACAACACUGCUGUUUUCCUUUAAAAUGCCCAGUUAACAGCACAAAGAGUUACUUAACUAAAAAUUAAUGUCUUUUUUUAACAUGCUGAAUUAACUGUGUACUGAGCUAACUGUCUGAACAAGCUGAAAUAACUACUCUGCUACAGAAGAGUCAAUAUGCCCAUGAGUGUAUGUGUAUAUGGGUAGAAAUAGGCCUGAAGGCACAUGGGCAUGGCAAGAGCUACAGUGAAAACAGGACAUUCUGCAGGAACACACAUAGACACAUAGCCAGAUUUACAUGCGUGCAGGCAUGCAUGCGUACACACAAACACACACACACACGAUACGCACACAAUACAGUUCCUUCUUCCUCAACUGAAGAACCUACACAGUCCUAACUACAGCAUGUCCGAAAGGAACUAGCACUGUAAAAAGUAACAUUUUUAUUUAACAUUAAUUUUUUUAAUUUGAUCGAGUUAACAGGUUGAAAAUGAUCCCAUCUAAACUUUCAGCGACAUUAUUACAUUUGAAUUUCUUUUGCUGUUAGCUGUCCUGAUGCCUAACAAGGCUAGUGUGUGAGUUAGACAACAUAUAGAUUCAUAUAAACAUGGAACAUGGUACAUUUCUUUCAUGUUACAGGUAGUUACAGUAUGCAUACUUGAUUAAAAGUUGAAAUGAUGACUUCAGAAAAUACUGUGUUUCCAUACAAACAGCGAGCCUGACAGACUAUAUUGCUGUUGAGUGUUAUGUACACAUCAAGGACUGAUAUGAGCUUCUAGACUGUCAAGAUAUUUUAGGAAAUUCAUUUAUUCUCGAGAUAUAAAUGACAACAUUUAUCCUACUCUCAGUACGAUUAAUAUGAAGCUGUAGCCAGAAGACAAUUAGUCUAGCCUUGCAUCAAACAACUAGCCUGGCUUUGUCAAAAGUAAAUAAUCCACCUUCCAGCAUCUCUAAAGUUGUCAAAGUAACACGCUAUAUAUUCCCAUAAUUUGCAUGAAUUCCCAUAAAAACCAAAGUGUAAAAACAUUGUGCUGGAUUUUUUUUUUUAGCAAGGUGGACGGACUUCCAGGAGUCUCUGCUGUUUGCCUGGCACCUGUUGACAAGACUCUAUGAAUAGAAAAAAAUAAAGAAAAAGCUAAAAAACUUUUCCUUGAACAACUAGUGAAAGCUCAAUGAUUAGUUUGGUGAUUCGUUUCUUGAGAAGAUGGGACCACAGUAGGAUUCAGAGCUAAACACUCAACAGCACCAUUGUCUGAAAAGCUUGGAGGUGUAUUUGAACAACAAGUAGAGAGUAUGGAGAAGGAAAACUGAAUUUAAAUAUUCUGAUCCCACAUUUUUUGCACCUGUGUACCCCUCUCUUCUUUUCCUCUCUAUUAUCUUCCUCUUCCCCUCGACCAAUAAAUGCCAUCUAUCUGACAAGACACUUGUCGUGAUGAGAGUCCCACCGGCCGUUCAUGGUCUCUUUGUUUCUCACAGCCCAUCAAAGCUAAUGAAAAAUAAUUCUGAUGAAGUCUUUAUUUUCACUACAGUCCACAGUGAGUAUGACCUCAGCUGUGUUUCUCUCUCUGUCCAUCUUCUUCCUUCACACUCUUCCCUCCCCUCUCUGUGUGUGGUUAUGGCUAACGGGUGGUAUCAUUAUGGGUCCUGGGUGUGUUGCUCAAAGAAGGGCUGGAAGCAUUAGUUAGGGUAAACUUCUCCCCGCUGUACAUGAAACAUGCACUGGUAGCAAGCAGCUGGAGGUCUGGCACUCUAUCUCAGUGCUAGAUUACAUUUUAAUUAAUUUUGAUCAGGCCUUUUAAGGCAUCUUUUUGGCAUCAUCUCACAGGCUGCUUAUAUUACUUUGAUUGUUUCUAAGUGAGCUUCUGUCAUAGAAACCCACAAGAUGGAAGUGGGAAGCAUAAUUCAACAUGCUGUGAACCUUUCCACACACAUUGCCAUCACAAGAAAUCUGCCGGUGUGUAAAUCACGGGGUUGUAAGACCAAAAAAACACUAUCUUAAUCAAUAAAGAGCUUCAGUACUUCAGUUAAAUUGAGCUAAAUUGGCUAAAGUAAAAAAAACACUCAAAGGGAGAUGAGGCAACUUAGGCUGAACAGCUGCCACGGUGGCCGCAAGUGACAAUGACGGCAUAAUGGUUAAAUUUCAAAAUGUAAUGUAACCUUAGCACAAGAAGGGUUGUUCUUCGAAAGAUACAUAUCCGUACUUUAAGUAGAAAAAAACAAGAUGAUAUUAUCAAAGUUCUUCCAAAUGAUACACUACAAAAACACUUUAAAAAAGUAUUGUGAAAGGACUCCCAAGAACGUCUGCUUCUUCCUUUCAAGCCAAGACAAACUCACAUUACUCAGUUAGUAAUCAGCUACUCUCCAACCAAUGUCUGAUUGAUUGAUUCCUUCUGCAGACUUACAGGGAUCAAGGAGGACAUUCAACAUCUUGUCUUGUCAUUUUGCUACUGUUCGAUGUGACAUAAUGGAAUUAAAAGUAGGCUUAAACAGAAACUCGGUCUGCCUGUUGAUGGUUGACAACCAUAAAAUAUUCAGCCACGGCCAAUUUCUAACUUCCUGGAGCCAGUAAACUUGUUAACCGUCCGCAUCUCAGAGUUUCCCUGGUUACUCAGACUUCUAAGAAAUUGGCAGACUUCCACUUUGAGCAUUUGCUCACAGCAUGAAGACGACAUUAGAAAUCUCUGUGGAAAUUUUGUGGAAAAAACAGCCUUAUUUGUGGCAUGAUACCCUUCGAAUAUGUGUACACUGUAAACUUGAAUAAGCUUUUCUAAUGUUACACACUUAUUAACUGAAAUGCACAAUGAAGUUCUUUAUCUGACCUAUACAAAUGAGAAGGACCUGGCGAUGGCAAGUUGCCAAGUUGAAGGACAGAUUGUGUUGUAUUCAUGAUCAGACCAAAAGAAGUAUUUGCUCUAUGCACAACCCACUCCUUUAGCCAUCUGCACAGGUUAUGUGUAUAUGUGCAUGUAUGUGUGUGUUGCACACAGAUACGUGGUUAAGACCCCUACUGUUCCUCCCUCCCACCUCCUACUCACAAUCUGUCAGUCCUUCCUGCUGUCUAAUACUAACCAAACCCACUACACAUUCACAAACACACACACUUUCACACACUUGUCUGAAACAAACAUGACUUAGGUAGAUUUUCUGAGGCUUCAUGAUGAUCCACCGAAGUCCUCCAGAGGAUCAUGAUGAAACGUGGUGUAACUUCCUGUCACACAGCCAUGCAGAACAGAGUGGCCAAAGUGGUCUCUUGGUGCCACCGCCACCUUAACUUAAGUGAAUGUCUUGCUGUCAGUACUCCAGUUUUCAGUAGUGUCUCUCGCUCGCUCUCUUUCUCUUCUUCGUCCUUUACAGCCGCCAUAUGAACUCUACAAUGAAAACUCUCUACAACUCACCAUUAAGGCGUUGAUAUUAUUUCUAUGGGACAAUUUUGUUCAAAGGAUACCAUUGUGACAGAGUCAACACCGGCUUCAUCUUUCUGUACAAACGGAUCUUUUGCUCCUCUCUUCCCUCCCUGCAGGCACUGUGGUCUUUGUCCUUUCUCUCUUCUUCUUUCUGUCCCCUUCUUCUGCUCUUCUUCUUUAAUUUAUUGUGGAUUGAUUUCAAAAAAGGUUGUUUUGCCUGUCGCUGAUGAUAAGGUUUUCUUUUCUGUCUUCCUUUUUGUAAAAUUGACCCUUUUUUGUUAAUUAGUCACUGCUAAUGUAACAAAACGCACUGUGAUGAUUCCAGUAUUAAUAAAAGUUGUACUUAAACUGUG